AUGAAGACCUGGGACAUCUCUGUACUACUCGUCAUCACCUUCACCUUCGUUUUCCUAUCUCAAUCAGUUCAAGCAACAAAGGGCCCCAAGAUUACCCACAAGGUUUACUUCGAUGUCAACCAUGGUGACGAGUCGCUUGGUCGCAUCGUGAUCGGUCUCUAUGGCAAGACUGUCCCAAAGACUGCCGAAAACUUCAGAGCUCUUGCUACUGGUGAGAAGGGUUUUGGAUAUGAGGGGUCUACCUUCCACCGUGUCAUCAAGAACUUCAUGAUUCAAGGUGGUGACUUCACCAAGGGCGAUGGCACUGGAGGGAAGUCAAUCUACGGUGCCAAGUUCGCCGACGAGAACUUCAAGUUGAAGCACUCCAAGAAGGGUCUAAUGUCCAUGGCCAACGCUGGACAAGAUACCAACGGUUCCCAAUUCUUCAUCACCACCUCAACCCCAUCCCACCUUAACGGCAAACAUGUUGUCUUCGGCGAAGUUAUGGAGGGAUACGAGAUUGUCGAGAAGAUUGAGAACGUCUCCAAGGACGGCAGAGACAGACCCACUGUCGAAGUCAAGAUAGUAAAGAGCGGCGAGCUUGAAGUACCAGAAGAAGGUAUCCACGUGGAGCUAUAAAGUACUUUCCUUCUUCGUCUUUGUUCGCAGCACACCCUUUUCCUGCUUUAAUGGACUCGCUGAUACGUCUGCCCUUGUACAGCCACAUACGGGUCCGCAGAAUUUCAGCCAGGGAUGGAAGAAGCUGAUGAGGUUCCGAUCGUCGCAUCUCCAACUCCUGCCAUGGCUUCCCCAACGCCAACAAAGACUGCUUCCCUCGUCACUCCUCCUCCUGCUAUCCCCGUCGAUGAGUUCGAGGCGGCUGCCGAGUUCAGCCUAUUUCAAAAGGGUCUUUUCUUUGCGGUUAUCAUCGGGUGUGUUGUAGUGUAUUUACGGAUAAGCAACAACAAAAAGGGGAGGCGGUUUACGGAAAAAAGCAUGGCAUGAUUGUUAGAAUUUACUGCAUUGCUUUUCUACCUGCUGGCAUUGUACCGAGU